AUGCUUCUGAAAAGUCUUAUCUUGGCGAGUUUGGACUCCAGAAGCACGACUAAUUUCCUCCUUUAAACAGAAAAUCCUUUUCCUUCUUCCGCACCUGUCCUCUUUCGUUUCACGCAACCCUGAAGCUGUCAAGAUUGGGAUAGCUGUGCAAAACUGUGCAAAUGACGGCUAUCCGGUGCAUUUUUCGUCAAAAUCAGUGUCCAACGACGUCGUCGUCUACAAAUUCGGGCUGCCCGGCAACAAAACAGGAGAAGCGAGCGUUGAGGACGACAAUAAACUGAAGGCCGUCAAAGUUUCGGAGGUAAACCCGAUAUCGUGUAUUCAAGACGAUGUAUCUCGGCUGUCUGUGGAGAUAUCAGAAAAAAAAUGUCAACUAAAAUAUUGUUUAUUAAGAAAUUUUGACAACUUUUGAAGUGCCAUGAAACUCUAACUGCUUCUGAAUUCAGAAGAACCAGAAAGAGUGGGCGGCCAUCAUUGAAAACACGCGGAUGGAGUGCAAACGGACCGACAACGACGGCUGCUUCACCUCGCACACAAUUACGAGCCAGCAGGAGCAGAAGCAGUUCGACGCGCUCGGAUGCACCGAACUGUUGGGCGACCUCGUCAUUCAGUACGUCAGCAGCACGCCAAAGUACGCGAAGAGCCUGGAGAAGGUGCACGGGCGGUUGGUGAUCGACGGCGUCGCGUGGAAAGACGACGUCAGUUUCGAGAAGCUCAAGGCCAUCGGAACUUUUGUGGUCUCCAUGCCCACUCUACAGAUCACCAAUAACAAAUUCGCCAGUGUCGCGUUCAAGAAACUGGAGACUGUGAGUACGGGGGGACACUUUGCAACCGAGUUAUUCUGUCUUUUUCCAAGUCGCGACCAUUUUCUCUGAUUCCACACCACGUUCAGAUCACAUGCGCGGCGAACAAGCGUCAAAGUUGCAUAGUCAUCGGCGAAAACCACUCGAAAACGAGCAUUUCGAUCAAAAGCCACGUGGUGAACGCGUCGGCAUUCUUCAACGACGACGUCAACAUGACGCCGGGAGCCGGCGGUGGAAAGCGAGCAAGAGUCGUGAAGAACGAGGAGAUCAAAUCUGAACGGGACCUGAAAGCGAUGAAUCUCACGUAUACCGUACACAAUUGGCUCAAGGACACCAAUCCUGGAAGUAUGGAAAGUUGCAGAAAGGGGAGACGUAUGUAUGUAUGUAUGUAUGCUCUUUUCAGACGGCAAAAUCUAUUUGGGAUUGGGAUUGACGUGUCUGAUAGCCGCCGCCGCCGCAUUUUUGGUGAGCAAGUACGUGAUGGGCAAGCCGAACGGCGAGUUUGACAUGGAGAACAUUGACGAGACGGACAAUGAGGACGUCGAUAGCAACGCCUCGGCAAAAUGA